CUGCAUCUUGAGCUUCAAAACUGGAAAGUACGGAACACUGAAAAGUGUUUACUUGCUUUCAUUUUCACUUUUUUGUGUGCUGACUAACUGCGACUGUUUUCCGCGUUGUGUACAAUUAGACAUUUAGGAUAAUCGCGCAUUCUUUCAACUAUUUAAUUAUUGCCUAUUAUUGCAUUGAAACGGGUAUUUUUUGACUAUCAAAUAAAUAUAUUCCCAUCACACAAGAUGACUUCCAUAGACAUUCGCCCGGAGUCCAAGAAGAUGGUCGAUGACUUCUGCACUCAGCUCACUAAAGAGGCAGAGACCCUGGUCACAUCAUUCUUCCCUCAGAAGAUUGCAGAGAUGGAGAUGCUAUUGAAGAAAUCCUUUAGCACUGAUGGCCUGGCAGCGCUGAAGUCACCUCUGGACAUCCCAAUGCCAGACCCUGCUAAAGAAGAGGCAAAGAGAAAGAAGAAAGAGGAGAAAGAAGCAAAGGAAGGAAAGAAAGACAAGGACAGCGAUAAAGAAGAUGACGAUGCAGGGCCUGCCUGUGGUCCGAUCCCCUGCAACGAGAGAGUGGAAAGUCUUCUGAAGGAGAUCAAGCCUCAGAUCCAGAUACUGAAGGAGAAACUCAACACCGUGUCAAUGUGGGUGCAACUUCAGAUUCCCAAAAUUGAAGAUGGGAACAACUUUGGGGUAGCUGUGCAGGAAAAAGUGUUUGAAUUGUUGACCAACACUCGCACGAAGAUUGAGGGAUUCCAGACACAGAUCUCAAAGUACUACAGUGAGAGAGGGGAUGCUGUUGACAAGGCCUCAAAAGAGCCACAUGUGGGAGACUACAGGCAGCUGGUGCAUGAGCUGGACCAGUACCAGUACUGUGAGCUGCGCAUUGUGGUUCUGGAGAUCCGCAACACUUAUGCCGUGCUGUUGGACAUAAUUAACAAGAACUAUGACAAGAUCAAGAAGCCCAGAGGGGACUGCAAAGCCCUCAUCUACUGAUGAUCAACUGACUGUUGUAUGUGCACUGGAGACGGCAAUACACCUACUCAACCAUUCACUGGUUAUGAUACAAAUCGUGUAGUGCAACAUGUUAAGAUGAUUGUUGGGUAACUGAAUACAUUCAGACAGUUCAUUUAAAAACGUUUUCAUUUUCAUCAAUGAUAAAAAUAACCCUGCUGUAUUACACAAUCAUUUUUAUUCAGAUUUCAAAAUAAAGCAGUGAUAACUGA